AUGAUCGAUAUUGCUACAUAUGAAGCGUCUCUAAGCACGCUUCUAACGCAACCACGCAGAAAUGCUGCUCCCACUCAAAUAACUACUUCCACGGGUGUAUUGGCCGGAAGAACCUACUACAAGAGAGAUUCUAAAUCAUCAUCAAGUACCACAACGAAGAAUAAAUCUACCAAAUGUACAGGAAGCAAAGAACAAUGUCAACUACCAUCUAAUAAUACCCAUUCAACCGCGGUCACCGUCGGUGUUGCUGUCGCAGUUCCUGUCUUUGUAGUGAUCUUGGCAUUGGCAGUAAUCUUAUUGGGUGUUUAUAGAAGAAGCAAGAGAGAGGCUAAGGAAGACUUGGAUCCUGAUUUUGAAGGUGAGACGGAAUUCUUACCUAACGUACAUCCUAUGUACCCGAUGCCCCAACAGCAACAACAGCAGCAACGUAACAUGGCUCCACAACGUCCUCCUCAAAAUUACUAUACACAACCUCAACCUCAACAACCAAUGAACCCGUUCUCAAAUAAUGCAGCCACUAACAGCACUACCUCGUGGAAUGUAGACCCAUUCCAACUUCCUCAAGGUGAAGACGUGUCGUCUUUGAGAAAUUUCGCUAGACAAGUCACUAACGAUGGUCUGGGUGGGUAUCAGAUUGCCUCUAGAAAUGUGAGUCAAGUCUCACUGACGCAAUCUCAGGCAAAUCUUUCCGAGAGUAACGUGGAUGCUCCUCAUUCCUUCCAUAAGGCACAAUUGCAAGGUCAUGAGAUUGAUAGUAGUUCCAGUGGCAGCCCUAAUGACGUCUUGAAUGAGAAGAUCACCUCCAAUUCACAGGUUAAUGUCGCAACUGGGAAUGACAUGAAUCAAAUAGAUUCGAAUAACAAUAAAGAAUCUGGUAUUGCAAGGUUACAUAGAGAAAGUAAGAUACAAGGUGAUGCAUUCGAAUUUGAAUUUGAAAAUGAACAAGAGAAGGGGAAGGAGAAACAUGUUAGGCAAACGACCAAUCCGGUCAAUGAAGAUGAGGAUGACUAUGUCGUUCCAGUUUCUUCAGAUGAAGAUGAAAAUAUUAAAAGAAUGAAAAGUAUUUAUCAAGUCUAUCUAGAUAGAGAUGGAACUAUGAAACAGAAACGAAUUGAAAAUUCUGAAGGUGAUGAUGAUGAAUUUGCCCAGGAACAUGAAAGGAAUAUAUCUCAAGAGCCUGUUCAAAAUCCAAUUAUUAAGCCAAAUCAACAAAUUCCUCAUCUAGUGAUUAAUGAUAAUCAACAGCCAUUGACUGAGAAUCCACAACCUGAUCUACCUGAAGGUACAAACUUAGCUAUCCCAGACAGAAGAACCAGAAUAGCAUCCUCUAUUUAUUCAGAAGCACCCAUUAACUACCAGCAGCAGCAGCAAUAUUAUCCUCAACAACAGCAACCAAUGGCACAACAACCAUACGUACAAUACCCACCUCAAGCUUAUAACCCACAAUAUCAUGGUGCACCAUCAAUGCAACAAUACCCUUCACAGUUACAUCAUCCUCAAACUUUAGAAAGCAUUGGGGAAUUACCCACACCAACACAACUUAUGAACUCUUCAUCCUUACAUUCGUUAACUUCAUUUAGGCAACCAAGCAAACAACAAUUACAAUUACAAUCUGCUAGAUUGAAUGGGACAGUAUUGAAUCCAAUAGAUCAUCCGGAGAUGUUUUAUACUCAAAAUGCGGAUCCUAGCCAAAUGCAAUUGCCACAACAGCAACAAAUGCCAAGCAAUAUGUCUGUUAUGACGGGGUCAACCAACCAGAAUGGUGAUAACGGUGGGGCUCUUCCUCCGCAUCAAUUAAGACAAAGCAUUGUUAUGACAAACCCGGCAGACUUGCAGAAGUCAACUACAUAUAGACCAGCGGGUUCCUUUAGAACUAUGAACACUCUAAAUAAUACAAGAAAUAAUAGUUUGACCUCUCAAAUGAAUCCCUAUCAACAGCAACAACAGGCUUUCAACUCUCGUGUUAGUGGUAUCCUCGAAGAAACAGAUAUGGUUCAACCUCCAAGCAUAGGAGGUGUCUUACCUCAUAGUAGUUCGCAAGAGGAUCUAAGGAGACAAUUGGGAUCGUCACAUAACUAUACAACUAACUGA